AUGUCAAUAGCGCCACCGCUCAGGAGGCGAUUCAGGUGUUGGAACAAGCAUGUGCGCAUUGUCGAUCUGGCUGGUGGCCCUGGAUGUUGCGCAGCUGGUGCUUGCCAAUUCUUCAACGAAUGGUUUGACGAAACAAACCAAUGCAGCAUCCACGCAACCGUGCUGGAUCCUGUGGAGGAAUGGGCUUGGUGUAGCGAGAAGCUGGGUUUCAACUUCAAGCUUUGCUCCUCGCUGUCAGACAUGCUUUUGGACGACAGCACCUUCACAGCAGAUGUUGUGCUCGUUGGCUGGGCGAUGAACUUUGCCUCCAAGCUGUUCUGGAAGCGCUUGCAUGUGGCCUUUGGCCAGCGUGGCGUCCUAGCAAACUGCAACCGAUAUGCCUUGAUCAUGGUCAUGGACCGUGGCAUGGAUCAGCUGCGCUUCAAAGAUCAUCGGCAGCGAGUGCUGCAGAGGCCCCAAGUGAUUCAGAGGGACCAUGGAAUGAACGUUACCUACUCCUUCCUAAUUGGCGAAGAAGAGGCGGAAAGCACGAGCUCUGACCAAUCCCCGCUGAAGCUCUCUCCUAGCUGCAGGCUCGUGCAGGCUGCCUAG